CUCCUCCUCCUCCUCCUCCUCCUCCCGCAGCGCCCGGCGAGCGGCGGGGCCGGCGGCUGCAGGGGCGAAGAAUCAGUCUCAACGUCGUGACUUUUCCAUCAUGUCAGAACCCAUCACGCUCAAUGUUGGAGGAAAACUCUACACCACCUCCCUGUCCACCCUGACGAGCUUCCCAGACUCCAUGCUGGGGGCCAUGUUUAGUGGGAAGAUCCCAACCAAGAAGGACAGCCAAGGCAACUGCUUUAUUGACAGAGAUGGCAAAAUCUUCCGCUACAUCCUGAACUUCUUAAGAACUUCCCACCUGGACCUUCCUGAAGACUUCCAGGAAAUGGGUUUACUCCGAAGGGAAGUAGAUUUUUAUCAGAUCCAGCCCCUGAUUGAAGCCUUGCAAGAGAAGGAGGUGGAGCUUUCUAAAGCAGAGAAAAACGCCAUGCUCAACAUCAGCCUCGAUCAGAAGACCCAGACCGUUCACUUCACCGUCCGAGAAGCACCCCAGAUCUACAGCCUGUCUUCCUCCAACAUGGAAGUGUUCAGCGCUCGUAUCUUCUCCACGUCAUGCCUGUUCCUGAAGCUCCUCGGUUCCAAACUUUACUAUUGCUUCAAUGGAAACCUCUCGUCGAUAUCCAGCUACUUGCAGGACCCCAACCAUUUGACCUUAGAUUGGGUGGCAAGUGUGGAAGGCCUUCCUGAAGAGGAAUACACCAGGCAGAACUUAAAGAGACUCUGGGUGGUGCCAGACAACAAGCAAAUCAAUAGUUUCCAAGUGUUUGUGGAAGAAGUGCUAAAAAUAGCCAUGAGCGAUGGUUUCUGCAUAGAUUCUUCUCAUCCACAUACUUCAGACUUCAUGAAUAAUAAGAUUAUUCGCCUAAUUCGGUACAAGUAGGAAUGGCUGGUUUAUGAUGGUGCCAGCAUGGAGAUAACACGGGUUAAGUGGUUCCCUUUAAAACACACAAGCUAAUUCAGAAUCAUGCUUAUCUGGAUUAAGAGUCACUAACAGGGAGAUGAUUUUCCUUUAAUGUAAUUACCAGUACGACCUUUCAGAUGAUGUCCAUGUUCUGCACGGAAGGAAUAUUGUCUAGCACCUGAAUUAAGGACUGGCUUUGCCUCCACCUCUUUGUACCUGUUGUACAAUUGUGGGAAAAUCACUUAACUUCUGUCUUUCCUACGUUUUCCAGCUGGAAAAGGGGAGUGAUCCUUAACCUCUAUUGCAAGGGGAUGUGAGGGUUCACCAACCAAGGUUUGGCAUGUAUCUGUACAACAGAUGCAGUGAAAGAUGCCAUGGAGCUGCAGUGCAACAGAGAGCCAUGGGUGCACUUUUCCAUGUCAUGACGAUAUCACUCGUGCAGAGCACCCAGGAAGCUUGGUUGGAUCCACAGAGAAGAAGCCAUGUGCUUCUCAUGCAGCACUCAAUGAAGCACUCGGUAAAGCUGUAAAGGAUGGUGCAGACUGCAAGUAAGGGAUCCUGUCUCUUUGGGUUCAACAAAGGAUUUCUGUCACCAUCUGAAGACGGCUUGGGGUUCUUCUGAACCCUGUGAGGAAGCCCCUGUUUAAAUGAUGUGCCUGGCAUGGGGAAUGACCAAGAAAGCCAUAGCAGAGAGAAUGGCCUUCUUACAAACUGAGAACAUUGUGGCUGGUGGGGGAAUCUGCGCUUUGGAUGCUCUUAAACCUUUACUUCCACAUUCCAAAGGCAUCCAAGACAACCAGACCUUUUCUUUCUCUUACAAUGUUAAUGUUUGUCUACAGGAUGCUGCUGAAAUUCUGUGGUAGAGACAGAUUUGGGGGCAGAGACCCACAAAUAUCUCCUAAGCAUUCGAGCCUCUUCUUCAGGCACAGCUCCCAUCCCCUGGAGUGCAUGGGAUGCUCUCUGGGAAAGAUGGAUUCCAUCUGAAAAGACAACAUUCCUAUCAGACAUUCCUAUCACAAAACCAGAGGCUCUCUUUUCCUAUCCUGGUACACUGAGCCAUUUCUUUUACAUCACUGUGAAAUGGUCAGGUCACUGAGCCAGCAUUUUACCUGCUUGCUUGGCUUCGGUGUCAGAGAGUUGGAGGUAAGGCAGUGAGAAACCAGAGGUUGAUGACAAUGGUCAAGUCCUUUCCCCCACACCUAGUCUGUGCUAUAACAAAGAUCAUAAUAUCUUAGCUGCAUGCUAGUCCUAAACAUCAUUUGCACCACAUUCAAGGUGGUUCGCCCUUAGCUAAUUAUGUUUAGGAGUAUCUUAGCUGUCUUUCCCUAACCAGAUUGCUAUGUGUGCAUGAGAGACCCUCUGGAACAUUUCCCAUUAUCUCUAAUGAGAUAGAAGGGAAAAUGGAAUAAUCAAGGUUUGCAUUUAGAAGCUUUAUUGCUUCCAAAAGUUCUUAGCACGGGGCUGCAAAGCUCAGUGUUGCUCAUGUCCUUGUUUCCCAAAGUAACUCUCCUGUCGUUACAUCAAGCUGACCUGCGAACAAGCAUAAAGAAGCUUUUUGUUACUGGUGUAAAAAAUAACAGUGAGCUAAAGCUAUUUUUACUGUCCCAAGCUGUAUCUGCAGGAGGAACACAAAGGAUGGUCAUGGUAAAAAUGCCCAUGCUGCAGCUAUUGGCAGCCUGUUACAAACCACUGCCCAUAUGUGACUUAGUGCUAAACUGGCGUGAUGUACAUGGGACCAUGUUGUUAGGAAGCACUGCCUGGGCUUGAAGCCCUCAGAACCAUUAAACCCGGCAGCUUGGGAGGUUUUUAAACAGGAUUUU